ACGAAGAAGAAGAAACAGCUGCAGGUCCUCCAGCCAGCCGUCAGAGAAAAAUGGCUUUAAGAGCGGCUUUGAGAAAAAGCUGCGCUUUAACCGGUCUUUUCUGUCAGCUGUCCUCCAGCAGGCAUGGCAGAGUUUGUGCGUCUCCCGUCCUCGUCGCUCAGCAGAGGAACAGCUCCACUGCACAGAACAUUAAACUUGAUUUUGACCAGAGCACAGGAGUGGCAGUCAUGCACAUGCAGUGUCCUCCAGUAAAUGCCCUCAGCUUGGAGUUCCUCACAGAGAUCUGCAUCACCGUGGAGAAGCUGGAGAUGGAUAAGAGCUGCAGAGGCCUCAUCAUCACCUCGAGCCAGCCCAAGGUGUUCUCAGCUGGUCUGGAUCUCCUGGAGAUGUAUGAGACGAGCACGGAGCACCGUGGCGAGUUCUGGAGAGCUGUGCAAGAGAUGUGGUUGAAAUUGUACAGCUCCAAGUUAGUCACAAUAGCAGCAAUCAAUGGCUCCAGUCCUGCAGGUGGCUGUCUGAUGGCAAUGACCUGUGACUACAGGAUUAUGGCAGACAACCCUCGUUACGGUAUCGGCCUGAAUGAGACGCAGCUCGGCAUGGUCGCACCGUUUUGGUUGAAGGACUCCAUGGUCAACACGGUGGGUCACCGGCUCACAGAGUUGGCGCUGCAGUUGGGGCUGCUUUACAAUCCCUCAGAGGCCCUGAAGAUAGGACUGGUGGACCUUGUGGUGCCUGAAGAUCAGGUCCUCAGCACCGCUAAGAAAACCAUUACCAAGUGGUGUGCUAUUCCAGAACACGCCAGACAGAUCUCCAAGUUCAUGGUGAGAAAGUCGACUAUCGACAACAUGCUCGCACACAGAGAGACCAACAUCCAGGACUUUAUCGAGUUCACCAGCAGAGACUCCAUUCAGAAGUCGCUGCGCACGUAUCUGGAGAUGCUCAAGAAGAGAAAGGCUUAGAGGGGACACACACACACACACACACACACACACACACACACACACACACAAAGCAUGUUUAUUUCCGGUGUCACACUCUCUGGAGUCACUCACAGCGUUCAGUCGGCAGAAACCCUCAUCAAUCGGCAGAAUGAUCUGAGCCUUGAUGCUUUAUCAA